UGAAUGUGGGAGCACAACAGAGAACUCGACUUCCAGCGUGUUUUGAACCUGUUUUGUUUUGGUUGCAGCUCGGUGACGAGUGCUGUCACGAAACAGUUUGGCAAUUUUUGUUACGGAAUUCUAAAGUUCGUAGAUAAAUGAUGGAUCUGUGAUUGAAAUUCGGUUCGAAUGGUGCGAAGUUACGGGUCGUGGGAGUGAGGGGAACAGUUUUUGUGGAAUAGUUGUAGAGCAGUAAGCAGUAGAUAGUGUAUUAGUGAAUGAGAAAGUAUAAUUGUGCCUACUAUCAUGGUCUACGCGUACUGAUAGUGCUCGAGAUAGUAAACAGCUGUUGUUCCGGCUUCUUCGCAAACUAGCACACGCAACCGGUGGUAGUCGCGCGUUCUGUCCCAUCGCCUCUAACAACAUCGCAUCAGUCGUCGUCGUCGUCACCGUUUGCCACCGUGCCACUCGCUGCCCAUGUGCCCACCCAGCAGCGCGGUGUAUCGUGUUUGCGUGCACUGAAUCCGUAAUUUCGCGUGGUGGAUUCUCGUAAGAUCUGCCACACCCACCACCGCCGAAAGCAUCCAGCCAGCCAACCACCAGAGAGCAUCCGCGUAUCGCCUUGAGAAGAAAAUGUAUCCUCCAGUUCGGCUACCAAGAAAUCGGUAGAGCGAAAGGUCUCGCUGAGGUUACAGCAGGUCCGUUUUUUGUUGUGUGGAAAAUUGAAAUAAUUAAUUUACUCUCUGUGAUUUGGGGGCGAGAGUGCGGAAGAAUCAAUCCGACGGGUACAAGUGUUGUGUUUUUUUUCGGGUUUUUGUUGGGAAACGAGUGAGUGAGGGAGGAAGUUCCUGUUGAUUCGGGUGGUGAUACAAAUAAAAAAAGUCGACGUUUAUGAGCGCGAUAGCGAGUGUUGAGACGAUUCCACCACCUUCACCGCCGCCGCCAACAUCAACGACCGCCGCCGAGGGCACCAGGAGCAGAGUGACCAGUUAAUAUGGUCGUAAGUGAUUCCGCUCCCGAGCACCGGGCGGAAGCAGUCUAUCACCAGUUGACGGAAGGUCGUUCUUCGGGUUCAGAAUGCCACAGGCUAAGGCACCGAAGGCAGCAGCGGUAUCACAUUUCCGGCGGCGUGCUCCUAGGGCUGUGCUCGCUAGCGCUGUUCCUGUUGUCACAGUCGAUUCCUAGCAGUUCGGGUGUCCUGCUGAACGGAACCGACGGCGCGCUCGACUCGUUAGCGGAUUUAAUUUCAUCGAAUGAUGUUGAUUAUGUUAAUGCAAAUAAUGAUGAUGAUGGUGAUGAUAAUGUGUCGUCCAAUAAUUAUAAUGCUAGCACCGAUGCCGUAAUUAGUAGUGCAACCGGUAGUGAUCGAAAUUUUGGCCGACGACCGAAUAGCGGUGGUGGUCGCAACCGGCCGGUGCCGAUCUACCUGAACGAGUUUGCCGUGUACAUCCCGAGCGGGCCCGACGUCGCCACCGUCAUUGCCGAUAAAUAUGGAUUCACCAAUUUUGGACAGAUCGGUCCACUGAAAGGAUAUUAUUUAUUUCACCAUAGCCACGUUCGGAAGCGAUCCCUAGAUAGGAGCGAAGUUCACCACAGCGCACUCAACACCGAACCCGAGGUUCGGUGGAUGCAGCAACAGCACGAGAAAGUUCGCCGAAAGCGUGACUAUUCGACGUUCGAUCAGGAUUUUGUGCGUUUCCCGGAUCCGCGCUCGAUUGCACCCGGAAGUCGGGUCAACUACCGGGACACCGGAUCGCACAACAUCUUCCCGGAUCCGCUCUUCAAGGAGCAAUGGUACCUGGUGAGUAGAAACGGUGGCGCCAAGGAUGGUUUGGACAUGAACAUCGGUCCGGCGUGGCAAAAGGGCUACACGGGGAAAGGCGUCGUCGUGUCGAUCCUGGACGAUGGCAUCCAGCGCAACCAUCCGGAUCUGCUGCAAAACUAUGACCCGGACGCAUCGUACGACAUCAACGGGAAUGACUCGGAUCCGAUGCCACGGGACAAUGGCGACAAUAAGCAUGGAACGCGCUGUGCCGGAGAGGUUGCCGCGGUUGCGUUCAACAAUUUCUGUGGCGUCGGAGUGGCCUACAAUGCCAGUAUUGGAGGAGUUCGCAUGUUGGACGGAACCGUAAACGAUGCCGUGGAAGCCAAAGCUCUGGGUCUGAAUCCGGACCACAUUCACAUCUACAGUGCAUCCUGGGGACCGGAAGACGACGGGUCAACCGUGGACGGACCCGGUCCGCUGGCUCGGCGGGCAUUCAUUUUCGGUGUGACCAGCGGUCGGCAAGGCAAGGGUUCGAUCUUCAUCUGGGCCUCGGGUAACGGAGGCCGUUACACUGAUAGCUGCAACUGCGACGGCUACACCAACUCGAUUUUCACUCUUUCGAUUUCCAGUGCCACUCAGGGAGGUUACAAACCUUGGUACUUGGAGGAAUGUUCGUCGACGCUUGCGACGACUUACAGUUCGGGUACACCAGGACACGACAAGAGCGUUGCCACUGUUGACAUGGAUGGAUCGCUUCGACCAGACCGUAUUUGUACGGUCGAACAUACGGGAACGUCGGCAUCAGCUCCAUUGGCCGCGGGUAUCGCCGCUCUGGCACUUGAAGCCAAUCCAUCCCUAACUUGGCGAGACAUGCAAUAUCUGGUAGUGUUGACCUCCCGGCCAGAACCACUCGAGAAGGAAUCUGGUUGGAUUCUGAACGGAGUGAAGAGGAAAGUCAGCCACAAGUUCGGUUACGGUCUGAUGGACGCUGGAUCGAUGGUCAGCCUGGCAGAACAGUGGACGAGCGUGCCUCCGCAGCACAUCUGUAAAUCACGAGAAAUCAACGAAGACCGACCCAUUGAGGGAUCGGUUGGAUACACUCUGCAAACUCACAUGGACGUCAACGGCUGCGCCGGAACUGUCAAUGAAGUCCGCUUUCUGGAACACGUCCAAUGUAAAAUCACUCUUCGAUUCUUCCCUCGGGGGAACCUUCGCAUCCUUCUGACGUCCCCGAUGGGAACUACCAGCACUCUGCUAUUCGAAAGACCGCGUGAUGUCACCAAGUCGAACUUCGACGAUUGGCCAUUCCUUAGCGUUCACUUCUGGGGUGAGAAGGCCGAGGGUCGAUGGACACUGCAAAUUCUAAACGGUGGACGUAGACGAGUCAGCCAAUCUGGCAUUCUCUCCAAGUGGCAGCUUAUCUUCUACGGCACCGAUUCAAAUCCCAUCCGGCUGAAGAACGAAGCCCAACGUGGUUCCAUCGCCAACUACGGCAAUGUGAAUCCAUUUGUGUUCCCGACAGAAACAGACAUCAAUCAACCGGCUCUCAGCGGUGCUGGGAACUAUUACCAGUCGGACAUCUACUCAAACUCGAUGAGCUAUCCGUUCCUGUUCAGUGGAGCUGGCAGCAGCAUCGACAAAACAGUAACCACCCUAAAUGGACACAAUAUCCCAACGGCGCAGCGGGAGAAUGUCAUGGCCGAUUCGAACAACAAACUAGUCGUACUGCACGACUGUGAUCCCGAGUGCGACUCGCAGGGAUGCUACGGAAAGGGGCCUACUCAAUGUGUGGCCUGCAAACACUACCGUCUGGAUAAUACCUGUGUGAGCCGGUGUCCGCCGCGAAGCUUCCCCAACCAGGGUGGCGUUUGCUGGCCGUGCCACGAGUCCUGCGAAACGUGCGCCGGAGCCGGCCAGGAUAGUUGUUUGACCUGCGCCCCGGCCCAUCUGUACGUUACCGAUUUGGCCGUGUGCCUGCAGAUCUGCCCGGAUGGAUACUAUGAAAAUUACGACAAUCGUACGUGUGUGCCAUGUGAAGCUAACUGUGCAUCCUGCCAGGACCGACCGGACUACUGCACAAGCUGUGACCAUCAUUUAGUUAUGCAUGAGCACAAAUGCUACUCGGCCUGCCCGAAGAACACCUACGAAACCGAAGACUACAACUGUGCCGACUGUCAUCCCUCCUGUAUGACGUGCAACGGAUCGUCCGAGUCGCAGUGCAUCCUGUGCCGGGCGGGCCGGUUCGCUCACGAGGGCCGGUGCCUCAACGCUUGCCCGGAUGGGUUCUUCGGGGACAAAAAACGCCACGAGUGCAUGCCGUGUCCGAUCGGGUGCUCCACUUGCAGCAGCGGAUCCAUCUGCACGGGCUGCCGGGACAACUGGACCAUGAACAAGAAGGCCAAAUGCAUCGCCAACGGGAGCAAUAACUGUGACGAAUCGGAGUACUACGAGAACGGACACUGCCACUCGUGCCACUCGACGUGCGAAACCUGCACCGGUCCGACCGAGCACGAGUGCCUAACGUGCGCCUCGCCGCUUCUUCUCCAGAACCAACGUUGCGUCAACGAGUGUGACGAAGGAUACUACAUGGAAGUGGGUGUCUGUGCCAAGUGUCUGCACACUUGCACCCAGUGCGUGUCCCGUAUGAACUGCACCUCCUGUCAGAAGGGCCUACAGCUGCAGAGCGGCGAAUGCCGAACGACCUGUGCCGAUGGAUACUACAGCGAUCGUGGAACCUGUGCCAAGUGCUACCUAAGCUGCAACACGUGCAGCGGACCACGGCGUGAUCAGUGCGUGACCUGCCCGGAGGGUUGGCAACUCGCUGGAGGCGAAUGUCAUCCCGAGUGCCCCGAGGGAUUCUUCAAGACCAAAUUCGGCUGCCAGAAGUGCCAUCACUAUUGCAAAACUUGUAACGCCGCUGGCCCGCUGGCCUGUACCUCCUGUCCGUCGCACUUCAUGCUUGACGGAGGUCUCUGCAUCGAGUGUCUCGGUUCACAGUUCUACGACCCACCGACGCAGACGUGCAAGACUUGCCACGACAGUUGUCGGUCCUGUAGUGGUCCCGGACAGUACUCGUGCGUGACGUGCGCCUUCCCGCUGCAUCUGGACCGUCUCAACAACCAGUGUGUGCCUUGCUGUGCCAGCGAUGCCUCGCCCGAAGACCAGAGCUGCUGCCAUUGCGACAAAGAAACCGGUGGAUGCAUCAACUCUUCGCCGGCCGGAAAGCGGCGCAUCGGUGCCGAGCAGCAACUGCUUCAGUUCGGCGAGGAAGCAGCGAACAGCGCUGGCGAUAGCAACGCGGCCGAAGCUAGCGAUUCCAGUCUGCGGCAGUUCCUAGAGGGGGCAUCACCCUCGGCCGUCACCGUCGUGGCCGUGUCCGGGUGUUUGCUGAUCGUGACGUUGUUCGCCAUCAUUUUCACCGUGCUACAGAAACGGAACCGUACCGUUUACACGGGCGUCCGGUACAACAAACUAUCCAGCGGCGGCGGAAGCGGUGCCGGAGGUACACGAACCACAAGGAUAUCAAUACCAGCCGAUGGUGAUGAUUUAUUAGAACCAAUUGUAAAUAAUUCCGAAGACGACGAGGACGACGACGAUGAUGAGGAUGAGGAAGAUGAGAAUAACACGGGCGGUAGGGGCGACCACGUGUACCACGACGAUGACCACGAACUGCACGAUGGCGCAGCAGCGGUUGUUGCGACGAACAAAAGCAGCAGCGGUCACAGCAGCAGGCAGAGCCGAUUUGUGGCCACCGGUCAUCACGGUGCAUCGCGGCGAGGGACAAGGCCACAGCCGGACUCGAUACGAUUCGCAAGGACUUGAAAACGCGGAAUGGGCACCGUGUGCGCGGAAUUUCCCCCGCCCCUUCGCCCACCCACCCCCUCACUUGAUGCGCGGUGGUGGGACAAACGGUAAACUGUGUGCUAUAAUAGGCGAUAACAAAUUAUUAUAAAUAUUUACUUAAGUGAGGUCGGAAGUCGGGGACAAGGGCGGAAGCGUUUCAAUAGCUACAGCAUUCGCUGGGGGAAAAUGGACGGGAAAUAUGGGCUUCGAUUCAAGCAAUGUAGAGAAGUUAUGUUCACAGUAAAUUUGAAAUGGUGAAAAAAUUCACAUCUGUUUUCUUUCUGACACGAUUUUUUCAUAAAAAAAUACAAUGAUUUCUAAUUAAAAAGUCUGGCAACAUUGCAUUUCUUUGGGUAGCCUUCAAUGUACGUCAACUACGACAGUUUUGGAAAAUCUAACAGAUGUGCACGACACCUUUUGUAAAACAUAUUAAAACAACCAUUGAAUAUAGUAAUCUGAACGUGCAAAAAUUAAAAAAAAUGUUGGAAACGGCAACAAUACAUUGUUGCCAGUUAACCAGUUCUUAGUGUUCCAGGUGAAUAUGUACAUUCAAGAUCAACAUUGAAAUCAGGGUGGAAUAGUACUAAUAUCGCUUAGACUAGUUUUUAUCAGUAACUUGACAUUUUAUAAAAAUGAUCCAUGUGUAUUUCAAAGGUUUAUUAUUGCAUUUUUUCAGUUAAAGUAGUACAGUGUUUUUUGUAUGCAAAUAAUUUUCGCUUGAAUCAUGCCCAAUUUUUCGCCAAUUUCCACCCACCGUGUGUUCAGGAUUGAUUAUCAAAACAACGUCCUUCGUGCUUCGCCUCAGGUUUGUUAUAAAUGGAACGCCUUGGUUUGGGGGAAAAGCAAAAGCAGAGGAAAAUUGUGCGAAACCGAGAGAAAGUGGGAAUGCGAGAAUGGGAAGGCAGCAUGUGAUUGAAAAUAAAAUUUGGAGUAAAAAAACACA